AUGCCCACUAUCGGGGUCGACAAGGCAGCGCUCUUCAAAGAGCUCGGCCGCGAGUACACAACGGAAGAGUUCGACGAGCUAUGUUUCGAAUUCGGAAUCGAACUGGAUGAGGACACAAGUCAGAGCACCAAGCCUGAGGAUCUGGCACAACCUCCGCAGCUCAAGAUCGAGAUCCCCGCCAACCGAUAUGACAUGCUGUGCUUCGAGGGCAUUGCCAUGAACCUGAAGGUCUUCUUGGAACAACAAAAGCUGCCAAAGUGGAGCUUGACGGCGCCAAAGGACGGGGAGCUGCAGGUGCUGGACAUCAAGAAGGAGACGGAGCAGAUACGGCCGCUGUGCUCGGGUGUCAUUCUGAGGAACAUCGAGUUUACACAAGAGCGAUAUGACUCGUUCAUUGCGCUACAAGACAAGCUGCACGCGAAUUUGGCGCGCAACCGGACGCUGGUGUCGAUUGGAACACAUGAUCUGGACACGAUAAAGGGCCCCUUCUCAUACGAGGCGCUUGCACCGGAGCAGAUUGAGUUCAUCCCUCUGAACCAGACCAAGAAGAUGAACGGCAAGGAGCUCAUGGAGUUUUACGACGCUAACACGGCGCAGAAAGACAAGCAUCUCGGUCGCUUCCUCCACAUCAUUCGCGAUUCGCCAGUCUACCCCGUCAUCUACGACUCGAACCGCACCGUCCUCUCGCUCCCGCCCAUCAUCAACGGCGACCACAGCAAGAUCACUCUCAACACCAAGAACGUCCUCAUCGAGAUCACUGCGCUGGACAAGACAAAGGUCGAGAUCGUGAACCACAUGCUCGUAGCCAUGUUCGCAGGCUAUGCAGAGUCAAUAGAGGCGCUCAAGAUCAACUCUCCGCACAACAACGAGUCAAGAGAAGCGCCCGAUCUCUCACCACGCGAGAUGCAAGCCGAAGUCGAUUACCUCAACCAAGUCACCGGCCUGAGCCUCCAGCCCGAAGAAAUCUCAAAACUCCUGUCCAAAAUGGGCCACGACGUCAAGCCCUCCACCUCCGACCCCAACAUCCUCGACGUCUCCGUGCCCGUAACGCGCGCAGACAUCCUCCACCAAGCAGACAUCAUGGAAGACUACGCUAUCGCCUACGGCUUCAAUAAGCUGCCUCGCGUAUACCCCAACAAAACCGCCGCUGUCUCCGCCCCGCUGCCCAUCAACAAGCUCGCUGAUAUCGUGCGGCUCGAAUCCGCCGCCGCAGGCUGGACGGAAGUCAUGCCGCUGAUCCUGUGCUCGCACGAAGAAAACUUUGAAUGGUUGAACCGCGUCGACGACGGCAAGACCGCUGUCAAGCUGGCGAAUCCCAAGACAGCAGAGUACCAGCUUGUUCGCACGAGUUUGCUACCCGGCCUGCUGAAGACGAUCAACAGCAACAAGCAUCACGCCGUGCCGAUGAAAAUCUUCGAGGUGAGUGACGUGGGAUUCAUUGAUUUGGAGCAGGAGCGUAAGAGCCGGAACGAGAGACAUUUCGCGGCCGCGAUUAUGGGCAAGACGAGUGGGUUCGAACAGGUUCAUGGGCUGUUGGAUAGGGUUAUGUUGAUGCUAAGGAGCGCGUUCAUUACGCGCGAGGAUGGCAUGAAGAAUGAUAAGCUUGAGGGGUAUUGGAUUGAGGAGGUCGAUGGUAAGUCGAACUCUGCAUACGACGAGAUAAAUGCUAACAUGAUGGCAGAUCCGACCUUCUUGCCCGGUCACGCGGCCGCCAUCAAACUCAACCUCGGCGGCAAGAACCACACGAUUGGUGUUUUUGGCAUUCUGCAUCCGAGUGUGUUGGGCAAGUUUGAGUUGCCAUACCCGGUCAGCACGGUCGAAAUCAACCUCGAGGUCUUCUUGUAGA